GACAAUUAAUUUCAUAUCGUGGAGUCUCAAGUCUAUUAUUUCUUUCCGGUUUCACCAUGCCACCCAAGAAAGACGCGAAGGCUUCGGCCAAGCAGCCACAAAAGACCCAGAAGAAGAAGGAAGGAUCUGGAGGUGGUAAAGCCAAGAAGAAGAAGUGGUCCAAAGGAAAAGUCAGGGAUAAGUUGAACAAUCAAGUGUUGUUUGACAAGCCUACAUAUGAAAAACUGUACAAGGAAGUACCACAGUACAAGCUAAUCACACCUGCUGUAGUAUCUGAGAGAUUGAAGGUCCGAGGAUCGCUGGCAAGGAGGGCACUCAUUGAGCUCAGAGAAAAAGGUCUAAUCAAGCAGGUGGUCCAACAUCAUGGUCAAGUGAUCUACACGCGGGCGACUAAGGGCGACGAUCCUGUUGCUUAAAUUUACGUAUAAGUUUAAAAAAAUAAAAAAAAAAUCUCAA